CCGCUACCGGCAGCCACCGCCCUCCCGGUGCAGCCAUGAGCCGCCGUGACCGCGACCCCGGGAUGCCGCCGCCCCUCACCGUGGCCCCGGGGCGGCUGGCGGCGGCGGCGGCGGCGCGGGGCGCGGAGCGGGAGGAACUGGCGGCGCUGAACGAUCGUUUCGCCGCUUUCCUGGAGCGGGUGCGGGCGCUGGAACGGCAGAACGGGACCCUCCGCGCCGCCCUGGGCCGCGCCACCGCCGCCACCGGGCCCCGCACCGGGCUGGUGCAGGGGGAGCUGCGGGGGCUGCGGGAGCGGCUGCAGCGUCUCGGCCGCGACCGGGACCGGCUCCAGGCUGAGCGGGACGGGCUCGCCACCGACCUGGCGGCCCUGCGGCAGCGGCUGGAGGACGAGACACAGAAGCGUGAGGAUGCCGAGAAGAGUCUGGUCCUGUUCCGCAAGGACGUGGACCACGCCACGCUGUCUCGCCUGGAGCUGGAGCGCAAGGUCGAGCUGCUGAUGGACGAGAUCGGCUUCCUCAAGAAGCUGCACGAGGAGGAGCUGCGGGACCUGGAGGUGAGUGGCCCCAGCCCGGCGGGGCUGGCCGAGGUGGAGGUGUGCAAGCCGGAGCUGACGGCUGCGCUGCGGGAGAUCCGCACCCAGUACGAGAGCAUCGCUGUCAAGAACCUGCAGGAAGCCGAGGAGUGGUACAAGUCAAAGUUUGCCGACCUCUCGGAUGCAGCAAACCGUAACCACGAGGCGCUGCGGCUGGCCAAGCAGGAGAUGAACGAGUCCCGCCGGCAGAUCCAGAGCCUGACCUGCGAGGUGGACGGGCUGAAGGGCGUGAACGAGGCGCUGCAGCGGCAGAUGCGGGAGAUGGAGGAUGAGUUCGGGGAGGAGAUCGGGAACUACCAGGAUGUGGUGGGGAGGCUGGAGCAGGAGAUCCAGCAGAUGAAGGAGGAGAUGGCGCGGCACCUGCGCGAGUACCAGGACCUGCUGAACGUCAAGAUGGCCCUGGACAUCGAGAUUGCCACGUACCGCAAGCUGCUGGAGGGCGAGGAGAGCCGGAUCACCAUCCCACUGCACCCCACCACCUCCUUCAGCAUGAGGAGCUCAGUGCUGGAGCCCCAGCCUGCGGAGAGCCCGGCACGGAGGAUGGUGCUCAUCAAAACCAUCGAGACACGGGAUGGGCAGCAAGUGGUGACGGAGUCGCACAAGGAGCGAGCGGGGAAGUGACAGGGAGGAGCCGCUGCGAUGGCCCCGACCCCAUGGUGGGGGUUUUGCCAGACCCUGCUGCGUCCUGGGCGGGGCACGGAGCAGAGCAGGGCGCCUGGGAGUGCCCCAAUUCCUAUUCCUGCUGUCAGCACCACGGGACAACGCUGUGGUGUGUCCCUGUGCCUUUGCAGUGUGUCCCUGUGCCUUGUCCCCCGACUAUUUAUCGCUA